CAUAGUGUACUGAUGCCUUGUUUAUUUACGCAUGUUGUUGACCUUCAUAAUAUUCUGAUAAUAAAAUUCUUCAAAUGUCUAUCCUUCCCAAACUGCAGUAUUAUAACCUUAAGUUACAAAAUGAUUUUUGUGUACAUAUUUUCAAAAUUCAACAUAUAAGGUAGAAAAAAAUAUAUAUCAAAAAUCAAAUAUAAAUUGAUCAUCAAACUAUAAUUUCCUUUGGGGUGUAAAAAGCAAAACACACAAAUUAAUCAUUUACAAACUUCCACAAUGUUUUACUGAAUUUCAGCCAUAACAAACAGUCACCAGUUCCGCAUAUUGUUUUAAUUCAGGAUUGACAUAUAUAUUUUAAAACCUCGGUGUCUCUUUCUAAACAAUAAGAAUCUAAUUGUAUAUGUUAUAGUUUGUAUCUAUAUCAGUAUUUAUUUAAAUGAACUGAACUUGAAAAGUUUCGUGUGAUGGGAGAAUUGUUUUUUCCUUCAAUUUUGAAAAUUCCGUACAAAUGUAGAUAUUGAUUUAUUACGACUAUCAUAAUGUUAUCAUAGUAGACAACAGAGAAAUAAAGAUAAAGCACAAAUUUUUUACUUCAUUAACUGUUUCAAGGGCGGCGAAAUAUAUUUAGCCUUAAUUUUUUAUUGCCCCAGGGAUCAAUAUAGAGUUGGAGAUGUAAUCAAUAUAACAAUUGAAACUUCGAAAAGAAAUCACAGACUACAGGAAAAUGAAAUGCAACAAUGUCGUGCUUAUAACAGGAGCAAACUUUGGUUCCUGAAACAGUCAACAGGUUAUUUCUACCAAGGAAAGUGGAUAAUGACCCAUUGUAAAGGAAGGAAUAUAUUUAUAGGACAAUGUCUUCGCAACACAAUUAUCUAUCUAUGGGGAGAUUCAACAAGUUUGCAAUGGUUAGCGCACCUGAAAUCUUCGAAUUUAGCUUUAGGUUGUACAAUUAAACGCAUAUCUGGCGAACGAUGGCACACACGUUACGAAACAUAUUGCUUGAAAUACAAUUUAUGGAUUAUAUAUAUACCUCACAAUAUACCAGCUGUUGCUGGCGGGGUAUCAAAUAUGAGUAGUUACUUUUCAAAACCUCUAUCUGAGCAAGUUAAGGAUUUCAAAAAUACAAGCAAACGUGUUGUAAUCCUUCACAUAUAUUCGCAUUUACAAAUAGAGCGUAUUCAGUUUUUCAUAGCAAAUGUUAUCGCUAUGCGGUUUUAUUUAGAAAAAUUAGAAAGAAUGAGUCAAACUCAAAUUUUAAUCAAAUUACCUCACAUGCAUCGUGACGAUGGAAUUGAUGGAUGGGUGAUAAGACAACCUGACUAUAUUGGUUUAUUAUAUGAAUCUGUUAUACGGAAAGUGUUUACGGGCAUGCAUCAUUCUGUUAUUGCACUACAUAACAAAGAUAUAACAAUCGCAACGAAAAGCAUGAAACUUCAUCCUGAACACUUUGUUGUUUCGGCGAUGGUAGAACAAUUUUUAUAUUAUGUAUGUUAGGUGUUAUAUUGCUAUAUACUCUUUAUAAAUCUUGCCGUAUGUGUUUACACUAAUGGCAUAUUGGUUGACUAUUCGUUGGCCUUUCGCGUUGAGUACUGGUCAUAAACCUAACACCAUUUUAUUUUUGAGCCACAAGUUUGACCAAAAGUAUAAAAAUGUUUGAAUUUUUUUUAUUUUAACGUUUGUCUGAUUCAUAUAGAAUACCCUUUUUUGCAUUAUCAUAGAACGUAAAUAUAUUUAAACAUUUUUCAAUUAUAAGGCAAAACAACUGUAUC